AAGAUGAUCAGAGUAAUUUUAUUGGCAGUGCUACUCCCUGAAGUGGUUCACUGUGCGCCGGGUCACUUUGCACAGAAGCUCCUGAACGAUCUGAUGGAGAAUUACUCCAGUGCCCUGCGGCCUGUGGAGGACACAGACAGAGCCCUGAACGUCACCUUACAGAUCACCCUCUCUCAGAUCAAAGACAUGGAUGAGAGAAACCAGGUGCUGAUUGCCUACCUGUGGAUAAGGCAGACAUGGCAUGACCCCUAUCUAAAGUGGAAUAAAGAAGACUAUGAUGGGCUGGAGGUCAUCCACAUCCCCAGCAGCCUGGUCUGGAGGCCUGAUCUGGUCCUCUACAACAAAGCUGAUGACGAUUUCUCAGGACCGAUGGACACCAACGUGAGACUGCGUUACAAUGGAGAGAUAACCUGGGAUGCCCCUGCUAUCACCAAGAGCUCCUGUGUUGUGGAUGUCUCGUACUUCCCUUUUGACAGCCAGGAAUGUAACCUCACAUUUGGGUCCUGGACCUACAAUGGCAACCAGGUGGACAUCAUUAUGGGAAUGGAUAGUGGGGACCUGUCCGACUUUGUGGAAAAUGUGGAAUGGGAGUGUCACGGGAUGCCGGCCACAAAGAACGUCAUCAUGUACGGUUGUUGCUCUGAUCCGUAUCCAGACAUCACCUACACAGUGCUCCUGCAGCGCCGCUCGUCCUUUUACAUCUUCAACCUCCUCCUGCCCUGCUUCCUCAUCUCCUUCCUGGCUCCUUUGGGAUUUUACCUGCCGGCCGACUCCGGGGAGAAGGUUUCUCUCGGGGUGACGGUUCUUUUGGCUCUAACUGUGUUCCAGCUAAUGGUGGCCGAGAGCAUGCCACCAUCAGAGAGUGUGCCUCUAAUAGGGAAGUACUAUAUUGCCACUAUGACCAUGGUCACAGCAUCCACAGCUCUCACCAUCUUCAUCAUGAACAUCCAUUUCUGUGGCGCUGAAGCCAAACCAGUUCCACACUGGGCAAAAGUGCUCAUCAUUGACUACAUGUCCAAGAUUUUCUUUGUUUAUGAGGUGGGCGAGAACUGUGCUUCUGCUUUAUCUUCGUCGUCUCAUUGCCUCCACGAGGAUAUCCGUCACCAGCAGGUCAACUCUCACAUACAUGCAAAUGGUAAGGAAAACAGGCAGGGUCACAAAAAGCCCAGAUCUCAGCCUCCCAAGCUGCGACAGCAGCCCAGAGGAGAAGUCCAGCACCACAUCAUGAGAGAGGACAACAGCAACUUCUCCAAUUUUUCACCUGGAAAGUAUGAAGGCUCUAAUAGUACAAAUCCUGUAAGUGACUACUGUACAGAUCCCAGAGUCCCGUGUUGUCCCGAGGACCAGAAGCUUGCCUGUUGUCCCGAAGACACGAAACCUCCACCUCAAGGUCUCAAUGUACCCUUUGGGUCAUGCGUGUUCUGCAGGCACAUUGGUGGCCUUCCUAAUGUGGACAACAAGCUAGUGCGCAAUGUGGAGUAUAUUGCUAACUGUUUUCGAGAGCAGAGGGCCACAUGUGCCAAGGUGGCAGAGUGGAAGAAGAUAGCUAAGGUGAUGGAUAGAUUCUUCAUGUGGAUCUUCUUUGUCAUGGUUUUCCUCAUGAGCAUCCUUGUUAUUUGCAAAGCAAAGUGAGCAAACAGUCAUGCUGCAGGUUCUUUUUAUAAUGGAUUUCUU